AUGGCUGACGACCUGAAGGAUCAGCUGGACAUUCCAGCGGAUCUUACUGUUGGUGGCUCUGCGGAAGCCUCAACCGCACGGUCAGGUCCCCGCAGACUCCCGAAGAAACGAACUAAGACUGGCUGUUUGACUUGUCGAAAGCGACGGAUCAAGUGCGGCGAAGAGAAGCCAAUAUGCACGAACUGCGUGAAAUCCAAGCGAAUCUGCGAGGGAUAUGCCCAGCGGGUCGUGUUCAAGAACCCCAUAGGCAUCUUCGGAUCUUUCGGUACUGGCCACGGUCAGGAUCCGCAGAUAGAGCAACAACAUAUGAGGGUACCGAUGCACAACGACUAUGGCUCUCAACUCCCUCCCCAACAAGCGGCAGCCGCUGCUCAGCAUCCAAUGCUAGCUCCGCGACCUGUUGAUCCGGUGGCGAUGGGAUAUCACUCAUUUCCGUCCCAAAUCCCUUCUUCGACUCAAAUCCAGCCAAUUAAUGCACCUCCCUUCUAUUAUCCAGCAGCUCAAGUGCAGCCACCAACCCAUAUGUGGCACACUCAGCCGAUACCUCAAGCGGAGAGCACGCUGGUGCCGCCAAAGGUGACUGACUUCUUACAGGCACAGCAGUUAGUUCAAUUGGAUCAGACGAGCGCUCCAUAUAGGUCCCAUGCAAGCGCACAAAAUGUACCCCAGGUUGUCAGUCCGAUCGGUCAGACAGCUGAAGAAUACGCCUCCAAUCUCUCCCCGGUGCCAGCCCUCAAUCCAAUGCCGGGAAACAGGGAGAGCGAGAUGGACCCAGUUCCUCAGAUGACCCAGCCGCUGCCGACGAUAUAUCAUUACCAGCCACCGCCAGGGCAAUUACCGCAGCAAUUACGAUCUCAUGAGCAGUUUAUACCCCAUCAAAUACCCCAUCAGCCACAAGUGAUAUACAUGGAGGAUGAAAGCGAGGAUUAUUACGACGUGGAUUCGGACGAUGAGAUGGUAGAUCAAUCGCAGGUCGAAGGCUUCAACCAGUUGAGUCUCAUCAUGGCCUCUGCUAACCGCGAUGAGCGGCAACUCCGCUCCUUCACGACAUACCUGAACGAGCCCAAUGUGCUCGCCUCAUACCGCCCUACACUUGGCUCUUCUCCGUUGAACAACCCAAAGACUGCCCGCAUCUUUGCUCACUUCAUUCACUCGACUGGUCCAUCCUUAUCUAUAUUUGAACGACAUCCUACUGACUCCUCGAUUGUUCUGGGGGCGACUGUCCCAUCUGCACAACAGGGUCUAUGGGUCUAUACGCUUGCCCUCAAAGCCUUAGAGCAUCCAGCCCUCCUCCAGGCAAUACUAGCUAUCAGCAGCUUACACAUUGCAUAUUUACAGCAAGUUCCCACAACAGUGUCUUUGAAACACUAUCACUACGCCUUGAAACGAGUUGGUUCCGCAGUUGGCCUUCCCCUCCGACGCAAGCAAGUCGGUACCUUGGCUGCCACUCUUCUGCUGGGAUACUAUGAGGUGAUAUCUGCGGACCACUCGAAAUGGAAUAACCACCUGGGUGGGUCCACCCAUCUGAUCCGAGAGAUCGACUUUGCGAAGACCACUAGAGACCUACGGGCCCAUCGGCGUAGAGCUCACGAGCAGCGUCGCCAGUCAGGCUGGUCCGACUCGUGGUGGGGGAUGCCUGGCGAUGUCUCUGAGGAUGAUCCCUUCUCUGAGAAAGAGGACAGCGUCGAUGAAGAUCUCAUAGGCGCCAUCAUGGGACAAGCAAUCAAUUACGACCAUUUUGGAUGUAUUAAUGAGGAGAGUACGCUGCCCUCCAAAAAACAUUUCACCCGCAAGGACAUUGAGAUUUUCCGGAUUCAAUGCGAUCUAUACUGGUGGUACGCAAAGCAAGAUGCACUCCAGGGUUUUAUCGGCGGAAACAAACUAUUAAUGCCCUACUCUCAAUGGGGUCAAUGUCCGCCUCGAGCAGGCAUUGGCCGUUUAGAUGCUAUAUACGGCUCCGCAGAUCAUCUGUGGCUGCUGCUCGCUCGGGUCACAGAUUUUGGCUUCCGUGAUCGUAAGCGAAAAUUGAGAACCCUGAAGGCAGGUGGGGUGGACUGGAGGCCCGGCCCUGAGAUGUUUAAAUUCAUGGGUCGGUUCGCUGGCGGCCCUCCCGGUCAAAGACCUAGACCACCUGGCGGCUUCGGUCCGGGGGGCCCCCCUGGUCCUCCAUCUGGCACGCCUAAUAUGCAGCUUAAAGGGGACACUAGGGCCCCGUCCAUGUCAGAGCCGACUGGGGUGUCUCCUUCAAGCCCUGGCCCGCCCUCAGCCGACAGUCCCCCCAUGUACGGAAUGAUACCCCCUCAACCGCCUGCACGCCUUCCCUCGGGAUUCCAAGAUAGACCGCGUGAGUCUCGCUUGUCACCAGACGAGGAUGACCCGGCUCUCGACAUGAGUUACAAGGAAGCCGAACAAGAAUGGGAAGAGAUCCUGGUCGCCAUGGACAUAUUCUCACAAGCGCUGGGCCGCGAUUUCCAGCCUUUGCCAGCAGAUGUCGCGCCCCCAAUCUCUACACCGUUCGGUCCCGCCCUUCAAUACCGUACCCAUACCAUCGCCGUGAUCUGGGGAUUCUAUUAUGCCAUGCGCCUGCUGCUGAAUCGGAUUCAUCCCUCUAUGCCACCGGCCAUCAUGAUGGCAGCUGGGGUCUCUGCUCCAACGACAGCUGGAUUUGCGCAAAUUGUUGGGAAGAUCCUGGCGGGUGUCUACUACCCGCAACGCUUUAACCUCGAAGCUGGAAGCUUGAGUCCAAAUUUGGGUUCUUCGCUGACUGACAUGUCGGUGCCACUAUUCUUUGCAGCUGUGCAAUUUAAUGAUCCCACGCAGCGAACUUGGACGAUUUCAAAACUUCGCGACAUCUCUCGCCUGACCGGGUGGAAGACCGCGGAUGCUAUUGCAGGUGGCUGUGAGAAAGCAUGGAUAGUCGCUGCAAAGCAAGGUCGUGGGCCACCCUAUCAGCGGUCAUUUGAGACUGACCGAGAACGAGAAAGGGAACAAGAGCAUGAGCCUGAGGCUGUGCUGAAGGAGGUCGAAGAUCGUCGAUUUGUGACGGUCAAGUCGGAUCGAGCGCAUUGGGCUAUGGGAAUCUUGGAAGAGGACAUUGCGAAUUUAGAGGUUUAG